GAUUGCUAUUUGAUUAAAAUUAAAGCGAAAGUUAGUAUCAUAUAUAACGAUUGAGAAACACUGGAAACAUUUUUUAAUUUAUGUGUGCAUUCAUAUGUGAGGUUUGUCAGUGUAUGCAUAUGACUUUCGUGAAUUUUCCAGAGCAACCUGCAGAACGAAUUCUAUGUCUCAAAAUCAAAUGGACGACGAAUGCAUAACUGCGAGACUGACAUAUGAUAUUCCAAUUUCACGAAGUUUCUAUACGAUUUUUAUAUAAAUAAAAUAUUCUCUAAAAGAUAUUCUUUCUUUUAUUUCAAUUAUUGAAAUUUAAAAUCAUAUAUAUUGCAAAUAUCAUAAAAAUUAGAACGAUGACAUAUCGUAUAAUAUCUUGUCUUUCUUUUUUCUCGAGUAAUAUCGUUUUUCAAGAAAUGUAAAAACAAUGGAUUUAGAAGAAAAAAAAUAAACAAAAAUGCGUUAAAAGAUCGUUAUCGAUCUUACGAAAGAUAAAUUAUUUCGGGCUCGGACAAUAACGUCUGUCGCAAGUGAUUCACAGCGACAGUUUAACGUCCUGCUGAUUUUUCAGAGAAGACGAACAAGUCACGGACCGUAAGAGUGUCCUAUGGAAAUCUAACAAUGAAAGCGAAACCACCGGUUCCAAUUAUGUCCAUGGUUUGUCAUGUCGUGACGAUUCGGAGUAGGUGCAUGGCUAUAUAUGCUACGAACAAUGUUAAUAUCCUUCAGUUUCUUCAAAACAAUACGACACGCCCUCAAGAAUUACUCUCCUUUGAUAAUUCUAAUUUCUUCGAAGAUGCUGUUUAAUCUUCAAAAUCUUAUUUUACUCUUAUUUUCUUCAAUGGCAAUUGUUAGAAGCAGUCCAAAAUUUGAUGAUGGAGGAUUUAUACCGAGUUCCAUGAUUUAUAUGGAUAAAAGUGCAAAGUCCCAGGAUCAACUUGCUAUGCCUUCUCAAGCAGAGCUUCGCAACGAGACUUCAGCGAAACGGAAUGACAUGGACAGUAACGAUAUCACGGAUCGCAGUCAAGAGCCUCGAUUCAGUUUCACAAAUCUUGGCAGCACAGGAAGCGGUUACGGAAUAUCAACGUAUUCUCCGGCAAAAAUAGAUUUAGGAGGAUUGUUCUUGGGCGCUAUUAUAGGAAUAGGUUCUAUCCUCAUUAUUCCUAAACUGCUCUACGUCCUUUCUGGUACUUAUGGUCAUUAUGCAAGAAGUGAAGAAAGCGGGUUUACACAAAUAAUGACAAAAAUGGAUGAUGUCCUGGCCCACCAUGGUAUCGAUACAACAUCCUGCAUGCAACGAAUUGUGUGUACUUAUUCGCAACAAGCUUCUUCAUCUGUUAAAGAGGCCAAUAAAUUAAAUAACGAUGAAAAAAUUUCGUCCCUCGACCGUGUGAUUGAUACGAUUACGACGAAUCAAAUUUUCCGUACAACUAUGGAAGGAACCGCGAUACAGGAGGCAGUGGAAGCGGGAAGAGCUGGUCGAAACUGUUCGCGGAUUUAUCCUCAUUGCGGAUUCUCCAUGGAAACUGUGUUAUCCCUUUUAUCAAACGUAAUUACUGCAAUCGCCGCAAUUAACACAGGAAAUUCUACGCCUACAGGAACUGGAACUUUAUAAUAUAUAAUAAUGUCAGAGGUCAAAGAUUCU